AUGUUCUGCUCGAUUGAUGCGCUUUUAUGCGAGAAUUCUGUAGCAACGGGGCCCAUUAAGAACAUCGAGGUGAAUUGCGCUGAAGAACUCAUGAAAAUGGCUGAAAAGGCAAGAUCAGUGGUAAACGCAGAACCUGAGCAAAAUUCAAAACCUACUACCGACAACUUCCUUCAAACCAUCCCAAUCUAUCCUGUUCCUCCUAUUUUCCCACUAAUUUAUGAUCAUCUGGCGCUCAGCUUCAACGCUUGGCAAGCAUGGGGAAAAAUGAGGCGGCCGCGCACCGCAUUCAGCAGCGAGCAGCUGGUUGAACUUGAGAAGCAAUUUGCCGACAAUCACUAUUUGAGUCGCCCACGUCGAUAUCAAUUGGCCCAGCAACUUUCGCUUACAGAAACACAGGUAUAA